AUGGUGGCGAAGAGACAGGACAGGCAGAUUGUGUAACUAAACCUAGUUAUAAUGGAGGCAAUUCACCAGUCUUUUCUUCGAGUUCUACAAAGAACAACCUCUUGUAGCUGGACAAGACACAACUUGUAUCGUAUUCAAAGAUGUUCUCUUCAUCAAGAUUUAGUGAGGCAUAGAAUUUCAAAAUCAACAGAAAUAAGUGUAUGGACAUACAAAGCAGUGCAAAGAAAAGCAUUGCUUCAAACUGUUAGUGCUGUGCACUUACAGACAAACAGACAUAUGGCAGGUCAUAGUAAGUAUUCGAACAUCAAACAUCGGAAAGAGGCGCAGGAUUAUAAAAAGUCAACCAUGAUGAACCAGUACGUCAGACUCGCCAUAACAGCUGUAAAAGAGGGAGGUUCUACGGAUCCUAAACUUAACCCGAGGUUAGCUCAAGUUUUAGAGAAUAUCAAAAAACAAAGUCUUAGUGUUGACGCAUUCAACAGGAUGCUGGAAAAGAUGAAUAAAAAGGGAAUGAACUCUAAAGAGCAUAUGUAUGAAGUAAAUGGACCAGGUAAUUCUAUCUUCAUAGUCCUUAUGGACACAGACAAUGUGAACAAUGGAAGAACAGACCUAAAGAAUGCCCUCAAAAGACUUCCUGUGAAGAUCAGCAACAGCCCUACCACAUUACAUUAUUUCAAACAGCAAGGAAUAUUGUAUGUGACCCCUGACCCUAACCGACCUGAUCUUGACCUUGAGGAAGUUGCCAUAGAAUGUGAAGCAGAGGAUGUCACCACAGAGACUAAUGAGGAGGGUCAAAAGGUCAUCAAGUUUAUAUGUGAUCCUUCUCAGCUAAUGGAGGUGAAGUCACGAUUAGAGGGACAGAAUUUGACAGUGGAAUCGUUUUUUGAGGACUAUAGUCCGUUAAUGCCAGUCACGCCCUCAGAGGCGGAGCUAGAGGAGAUAAACACCAUCAUUGACAGACUCGAAGGGGCAGAUAACUUUGUACAGAUGUAUUCUAAUAUAAAAUCCUGAGUGUUAAUACAUUUAUAGAUAAAAUUUUAUAUAUUUAUUUCAAAGACCUUUCUUUUGAUGGAAAUUUGGAGUGAUUUUCAUCAUCAGUGUUUGUGUAAUUCAUGCUAUGAAAAAUGAGAUAAUGUCUCAAAACUAGCUACCAAUGCAGGGAAUUAGGUUGAUACAUCUGAAAAUAUGAUCAGUGAUGUUAUGAACAACACUAUGACUUAGUAGAUACAUUGUAUACUAAUGUAUGCAUUGAACAAUAUUUAUCUUAAGGUGGAAAUAAUGUAUAAAAUAUAUGAAUGAUUAUGUUUUUGUGACAGUUUGAAAAAUCUGGCCAACAGAAUUACUCAAUUAAAAUAUUAAAUUAGAUGCAGAGAUGACAAAAAAUUAAAGUACUGAAAAGCA